AAAUGGUGAAUCGUAAAUAAUACGUUUGAAAAGGGUACCAAAUGGAACAUCAGUCCGAAAUGGGUGCAUACGGCGAGAAUCCGAAUGUUCAGAACAGUGGGAAUUAUAUUACUAUAAUUCCAGUGGAUUAUUCAAGACGGGGAUAUCCUAUGCAAGCUGAAUAUCAAUACAAUGAAUUUAGAUCCCGCGAAGAGUACUACAGCGUUCAAAGCCAAAAGCUCCAAGCAGAGGUGAACGCACACUUAUAUUCGGUAUCGCAACGGUUGCCCCACCUCUCAUACAGUCCGCUAGGCCGCCACAGUGACUGGGACAAGCAUGACCCUCACAAACCCCUGCAACCGGAGUCCAAAGAGAGCAAUAGCUCCGAUUCCUUGGAGAAAAGUGUUAUGGGCUCGAAUUUGAGCAGUUGCUCUAAUCAAACGGGGUCGAGUAGCAUAGCGGCGGGGUCGUUUAGCACCACCGAGCCCAUCACUAGUGGGGGCAGCUCCUCUAGCGCCAUAUCACCACCACUUCCUGGGUCAUCAGGAAGUACAGCGUCAUCGUCAUCAGUAACAUCAAACCCAGUGACGUGCGUGUAUCUAAUGUCUCGAACCGCCAUCAUGGUGGAAAUGAGUUCUGAAGAAGUGCCAUCAUGCGUCACUGCUGCACGGUUUCUGAACGCAGUGCUGGCUACUGAAGAGUUAGGUCUGACGCAACCGGCGACUAGGAGCCUUGCUGCCAAUGUCUUCGCCUUGUGGAUGUGCAGUCCUUUGUUGGAAAUCCAACUAAAACCCCAUCAAUGUCCAUGGCGGAUAUGGGCGGCCUGGCAGAAGUUGUUGUUGAGAUAUGGACAUGGCUCAGAGUCGCGGCGAGGGAAGGACCAGCCUGUGCUCCGAUUACAGAGAAAUGUAUUUUUUCCGAAGCAUCUGGAGGAAGGCAUAAAAGAUUCUCGUAUACAAGAGUUACUUUACGAAGAAGCGAGGCACAACGUUGUAACCGGGCGCUAUCCACUUGAGAGCGCUCAAGCCAUGAUGUUGGGUGGACUACAAGCAAGGAUACAACUCGGGCCUUAUGAUCCUCACAGACACACUGCUAAGUUCUUCAGGGAGCAUCAAGACAAAUACUUGCCUCUGCACGCUCGGUCGGGCCGAUGGGCUCAGUUGCUCCCAGCGGGACGCAAGGGGAGCCCCGAGGCUAAAUUACUGGAGCAAGCUCAGAGACCGCCCGCCGCUCCACCGCGGAAACUUAGGCAUAAAUAUUUGGCACAUGUUAGGACGCUGCCUACUUACGGGGCCGCGUUUUUCCAAGGUCAGAUCGAGCAACCAGUGCGUAGUUUGACCAGCUUGUUGACACAUGAAGACAUCCCUGUACUAGUAGCGGUCAAUUCUAAUGGUGUAUAUGUCAUUGAUGAUACUGAAAGCACUGUAUUAUUGGGACUGCUUUACGAAGAACUAUCGUGGGACAUCGGGUUACCAUCAGACGACAAUGAAGACUGCUUGCCGUGCUUAUUUCUUCAGUUCAUGGUGGUAGAAAACGGACUGCGCGUCUCAAAAAUACUACAGGUGUUCUCGAAACAAGCAAUAAUGAUGGACACACUGAUAGAACAUUUCGCGGGGGAGUACCGCAAGAGACUGGGUCAGGAGACACCGAGUGACCACGCCAACUAUGAUUACCAUUCAGAUUCUGGCAGCAUAUCGCUCCCUCCAUUAUCACGACCAGACUCUCCACAAAGAAGACUAGCGAACAAACUGUCUCGGUUGGCUUUAGCAACCCACGACGGCCGAGGGAACUUAUUAGGAGGAGCUGGUGAUUGGAACACAGACCUCAACCAUCCGCAACCCUCGUGGAUACUCCCCAAGCACUAACUUAUGGAAAGCAUCUAUCUAUUUAAGCCAUCUGUGUUUGGAACAAGCCUCCAAAGGUCAAUCAAUUAUCAGGGGGAAAAUGUCCGGACUUUUUAGGUCAAGUUCAUUAUGAACCUGACUGGAUUCACUUGUUUAUUCCAGAAAUCUCUUGUAGCACACAUACCGCGUCUAUUGAUAUUCGGAAUUGGGUAGUUUCCUAGGUCAAAGAUAAAUCAUGAAAUUCUGAUUAAUACUAAAUAAAGACAGAUCUAAAGGUGACAAAAACGUUGUCUUUUCUAUUUAACUCUUAUGAAUUUUAAAAAAGAAAAAUGUAACAAUAAGUGCGACAUUUUGUCGUUUUUCAAAUUGCAUAAUAAAUUCGAGUUUUGACGUUUAGAAAAAAGUAACUGAUUUGACUAGUUGAAAACUACCCUAUUGUGACUCAAAAUGUUAUAUUAUAUAUGAGAUUUUUUUAAUGUUAUCGUGUUUCAAAAGAUCACACAGUUUUCUUUUAGAACACAAUGUAAUAGCGAAUUAGAACGAUCUAGAAUACCAGUUUUU